UUCAAGUUGAAGAGCCCUGCAAAAUGAUGAUCGGAAUGGGCGAUAUAUACAAGGUUAUAGUAGCCAUGACACCUUUAUAUGUUGCAUUCAUUCUAGGUUAUGGUUCAGUAAAGUGGUGGAAAAUGUUUUCUCACGAGCAAUGUGACGCGAUUAAUAAAUUCGUUUGUUACUUCACUUUACCACUCUUCGCAUUCUAUUUCACUUCUCAAGUUGAUCCAUUCGGAUGGAGUUACAAAUUUCUAGCUGCUGAUGCAAUAUCCAAAGUCAUAAUUGUUAUUGUUUUAGUUGCAUGGGCUAAGGGAAGUAGUAAUGGAAGUUAUACUUGGUUAAUAACAAGUUUUUCAUUAUCGACUUUAACUAAUUCUUUGGUCAUAGGAAUACCUAUGUUCAAAGCCAUGUAUGGUGAUCUUGGAGUUAAGCUUGUAGUUCAAAGUUGUGUCUUUCAAGGGAUAGUUUGGUUAUCGACUCUUUUGCUCUUUUUAGAGUUUUAUAAGGCGAAUGAUUCUUUGAGUGUAGAUGUCGAUUCUCAGAUGCUGAGCGAUUUAGAAAGAAAUGACAAUUUGGUGUCGGGUACUAAAAUAACUAGACCUUCAUUUUGGUCUAUGACGAAGACUGUUUGCCGUAAGCUUAUAGUUAAUCCUAAUGCUCAUGCCAGUGUCAUUGGCAUCACUUGGGCUUUUAUCUCAAAUAGGUGGCAUAUUAAAAUGCCAACAAUCAUCGAGGGAUCGGUAUUGAUUAUGUCGAAAGCAGGAAUCGGCUCAGCCAUGUUCAGUAUGGGUCUUUGUACUGCACUGCAAGUAAAAAUUCUGGCCUGUGGGGUGCGCUUAACGGUAUUCGGUUUGGUUUUAAGGUUUAUUGCAGGACCAGCUGCCAUGGCAGUAGGAUGUUUGGCCGUUGGCCUGCGCGGUGACGUUUUGCGUAUAGCAAUUGUCCAAGCAGCGUUACCACAAGCAAUCGCAUCGUUCAUCUACGCGAAAGAGUAUGGGCUGCACGCUGACGUGCUUAGCACUGCGGUGAUAGUUGGAAUGAUUGUUUCCCUACCUGUCUUGAUUAUUUACCUCACAGCUCUCGGUUUUUUGAUUUGACAAUUUUCUUUUUCUUUUGUUACCGGAGGUAGUAACAAACCGGGAAGGUGUUAGAUGCAGUCUAUCUGUCAUAUUAAUUACCGUAAUGUAAUGUGGGCAUUAGAACACUCGAUCAUUGUGUUUGUUUACGUUCAUUUAAAGCUAAAAUUAACAUUUA